AUGACUCGAGCAAUAAUGGCGACUACUACUCCAUUUUCACUACCAAAUACUACUCCAUCCACAAUUUGUGGCGGUUACAUUGAUAUUCAUGGAACAUGGCAAAAUGGAUUUGCUUGUCCAAUAAAACAUUCUAUUCAAUUAUAUUGCUGUGGUUCAGAUAUAUUUAAACAUUGUUGUUCUGAUAUGUUACUGAGUCAAAGUGGUUUACAUUUGGAUGAUAAUAGUAAUAAAGAUCAUGAUCUAUUAAAUUCAAAUUUACUUAUUAAAUCAUAUAAUCGUUCAAUGAUAUCAACGCGUGAAUUUGAACGUUUUCAAUCAUUAUUUUUACCAAUAUUUUUGUCAAGUUCAUCAAUAUUAUUUUUAAUCGGUAUUGCCCUUUGGUUUUGGUUGUGGCGACAUAAAACAUUUUAUUCUAUUGAACAUGAUGAUGAGUUGACUAAUGUUGGUAGCCAUGGUGGUAUUAGAGGCGAAACUAAUAUAAAUUUUCAAAACAGAAAUGAUGAAAGGAGAUCUACAGGUAAUUUAGUAGAUUUUGUUCGGCAAAAUUCUAUUAAUUAUCAACAAUCAUCACAUCAAUCGCAUUUAAGAAAUAACAUUCGCACGAAAAAUAUGUUACCUCGUCGUCAGAGUAAUUAUACAACGAUUAUUGAUAGAAUUGAAACGAUCAGACAACCAACAGAAGUUUGA